GAAAGAUUUGGGUUAAAUAAAUGCGCAUGCGGUCAAACCAACAAAACACACUUCCGGCAAAAAAUUUGGCCUUUUUGGGCAAUAAUCAAGAAAAUAUCUAAAACAUGGAGAGUCCGCCGUCUAUAGAGACGGUAAACCAAGCUCUCCAAGCUUUGUACAACAACCCAGAUGUUGUCGGAAAAGAAAAGGCAUCUGUGUGGUUGGGAGAACUGCAGAGAUCGGUGCAUGCAUGGCAGGUGGCAGACCAGUUGCUGACAUUACAUCAGAGUCUAGAAGCUUGUUACUUUGCUGCUCAGACAAUGAGAACAAAGAUACAGUAUGCUUUUCAUGAACUUCCAGCAAAUGUCCACCAGUCUUUACGAGAUUCAUUGAUGGAACAUGCAGGCAAGGUUACCGGGGAAACAAAUCACGUCAUAGUUACACAGUUGAGCUUGGCCUUGGCUGACCUCGCCUUACAAAUGAUAACCUGGGAGCAUCCUGUACAAGAUCUAGUUCAAAAGUUUGGAUCAAAUCCUGCACAGCUUCCAUUUUUACUAGAAGUCCUUAUAGUCUUGCCAGAGGAG